AUGUACGACUCGUACCGCCCUCACCUCCUGCUAUCCCAGGUCCCUCUGACCGUAUCACCGUUCAUCAGCCUCCCUACGUCGGUUACUUUGCCCUACACUUACAAAUCAGUCUCUUCGACCCUUCCGCCCUCGGUCCUUGACAAUCCGACCAACCCUGAUUCCAGACCCCGCUAUGUCGUCUCCUCCAGUGGCGAGCAUGCGGCUCAUCCAGAUGAGAUCCUCGCUGCAUGCAAGUCUCUCGAACAACACCUGAAGAAAGCCCGAGCUGAUGCCGAGGGUGCCAUCAAGGCCUGGGAAGAAUCCAUUCGACAGCGUGAGCUUGCAGAAAGGCGUCGUGUUGCGCCUGGCUGGUUAGACCGGGAAGAGAAGUUGCUGCAGCCGAGCAGGGCUGCAGGGUCUCCUGGCUCCAAGGGCGACGUGAGCGAAAGUCUGCUUGACAGUACUUCCGCCGAUCAGGGAUCGUCCACCCUGCCAGCAAUGGUACCUCGCGAUGAGGGAAAGGAGCUGGACCGAGCAUUUGGCGGGCUUGGUCUGAAAUGA